UGCUGGUACCUCUAUCAGCCAAGCCUCUCAUCAUCACCUGCUCCUGUGUGGCAGUUGAUUCCCCCCACUGCGUGUCAAGUUCUCCACCGGGCCCCAACCCGCUGCCCCAGCGCCACCGUAGCCAAUCCACCGAUGCUCGGCAUGGCCUGUCUGGAGAGGGACCUGCUGUACCUCAAGCUGCGCACGGGGUACAACAUCUUCCAGGAGAACGGACAGAGGAAGUUCGGACCGCCGCCCGACUGGCAGGGCCCCCCUCCCGCCCGCGGCUGCGAGGUGUUCGUGGGGAGGAUCCCACGCGACCUCUACGAAGACGAGCUGGUUCCCGCGCUGGAGGCGGUGGGCAAGAUCUACCAGCUCCGCCUCAUGAUGGCGUUCAGCGGAGAGAACCGCGGCCUCGCGUUCGUCACCUACGCGAUGCGCUCCCACGCCAAGGACGCCGUCAAGAAACUCAACAACUUGGAGAUCCGUCCCGGACACCGCAUCGGAGUCAAAGUGAGCAUGCACUUUCGCCGUCUCUUCAUCGGGGGGCUGCCAAAGGACAAGACGCGAGCGGAGGUGAUGAUGGUGAUGAGCGACGCCACAGAGGGCGUGGUGGGUGUCAAGACGAGCGUCCAUUUACGCGACAACACCCUCAACCGAGGCUUCGCGUUCAUCGAGUACGAGAGCCAUCACGCGGCCGCCAUGGCCCGGAAGAAGCUCCGUCAACUUCGCUUCUGGCUCUGGGGCCGGACCAUCGAGGUGGACUGGGCCACCCCGGAGCGAAACACGGCGGCGGCUGCCGCGGCCACGGCAGCGGAACACGAGGAGGAGGAGAAGAAGGCGGUGGUCCCAGACCUGCUGCCGCCGGAUUGCACCGGCGCCGGCAAGGCCGCGCACAGCCUGUUUGGGGGCUGGGGGCCACGCACGCGGCUCUGGCGGGCACCCCGCCACUCACGGCCCACGCCCGUCGGUCUGGACGAGCUGCCGGAGGCGGCCGUCUUGUCGUGGGAGACUCGUCUGCAGGCGCUGCUACGGAGCGCCGGCGUGGGCCACGCGACCUUCGAACUGCACGCUCACUCGGAGCCCGGCAGGCCCAUGGGCCUCGUGUACAAGGUCUCCGUUCCCGGGAUGAUGCGGGAAGGCAGCGGCUUCUUCCCCGCGGUGCUGAGCUCCAGCGUGGAGGGAGCGCGCGAAGUGGCCAGCGGCCUUCUCUACGAAAUCCUCGGCGACGCCAACCCCCUGUGGGUGGGCCCGGUCCCCGCCGCCACGCUGCCUCCCGGCUGCCCCGUCCGGGACCUCCCGGCGUAUCCCGGCGACUUCCCCGCGCCCCGGCAGCCGGUCGCCGCGCGCCUGCCGACGAGCGGCACGCACCCAUAGUGCCGCGUGGCCGUCGCGGCGGCGUUCGUCAGGCCGCGGACGGCGUCCCACCGCUCGGCGUUCGCUCUGCAGCUCACGUCCGCUCUGCAGUGUUCACCGUCAAACCGCAAGUUGCCCGCCCGCUCACUCGACGU